AUUUCCCUACAAAUACAGCAAAUAGAGAGAGUAGUGGCUGCCGCUGCAUCACCUGAUUCCUCAGCCCUGCACUGUCGUCCAAUAAGAUGCAUUUUCUCAUAACAAAUUACAGGAGGAUGGUGAUGAUGGAGAUAAGAUGUGGAACAAUUAUGAUUAUUAAUGGUGAGCCAAUAAUACAUCAAAUGCAUGACAAUAUGUAUGAAAUAGCUAAUAUUUUCCAUCAUGUAAUACUGGCCAUACAUAUUAAAAAAACAUGUUUAGUAACCUAAUGAUUUAUUCAUUUAUUUCUUAUUUUGUCUUUCUGUAUGACAUGUUUAUUUCAUUAAAAAAAUAUUGUUCGUUAAUUAAACGUGUUAACUGUUUAGAGUCAGACUACAUGGCAUAACCUCUGGUAGAUUGCAUACUGGUCAUGUGUUGACUUUGAUUUAAUGAUGUAAAAUACAGUAAAAUCAGUCCAAAUGAUAGCGGGUCAACCAUGGCGUCAACGUAUAGCCUGCUUUCUAAAAAAUAGAAAGCAGAUAAGCCAGCAUUGAACUCAUUAUCCAUUUAAUGGAGUUACUUGUAUUGUAUUUAUUUAAUAUUUUGUUAACUUUUUUAUGGUGAGAACAGGUUAAUAAGCAUGAACCUCGCCUCGCCUCAGUGUACCCCAUCUGGCCUCCAGAGGUCGCUAUGGCGUCAGUGGUCCUCCAGACUCUUCUUCGUUGGUGCACUUGCCAUGUUUGCGGAAGCUUGUUUCUAGCAGAUAGCUGGAGGCUUCUUACAUUUACACUUUAUGCUGUAGCUGUAUUUUAUAAUCAAAUAUGAAUCUACCAAAGGGACCAGAUUCGCUGUGCUUCGAUAAGGAUGUUUUUAUGAAGGAUGACUUUGACGUGGACCAGUUUGUGGCGGAGUGUCGGAAGCAGGUCCAGAUGGAGGAGAUGAGGGAGGACCUGGAGCUCUACUACAAGCUGCUGAAAACAGCCAUGGUGGAGCUCAUCAAUAAGGACUACGCCGACUUUGUUAACCUCUCCACCAACCUGGUGGGGAUGGACAAAGCCCUCAAUCAGCUUUCUGUGCCGUUGGGACAGUUACGAGAGGAGGUUAUGAGUCUGCGGUCCUGUGUGAGUGAGGUGAUCCAGGCUAUAGACAACCAGCUAACCAAACAGGAAGAUCUGCAGAAAAAGAAGGUGUGUGUAUUGAGGCUGAUUCAGGUGGUGCGCUCGGUGGAGAAAAUUGAGAAGAUCCUCAACUCGCAGAACUCCAAGGAAUCUGGCUCCCUGGAAAUCAGCAGUCCCUUGUUGGCAGGCCAGGUCCUGGAGAGGAUUGCUACAGAAUUCAACCAGCUGCAGUUCCACGCUGUACAGAGCAAAGGCAUGCCCCUACUGGACAAAGUCAGACCUCGUAUCGCAGGGAUCACCUCCAUGCUGCAGCAGUCUCUGGAGGGCGUGCUGAUCGAGGGUCUGCAAACAUCCAACCUGGACAUGGUGUGUCACUGCCUGAGGACGUACGCCACCAUAGACAAGACUCGAGAUGCUGAGGCCCUGGUGGGACAGGUGUUGGUCAAGCCAUACAUGGACCAGGUAAUAGUGGAAGAGGUGGUGAAGUCCAGUCCGAAUGGUCUCCAGUUGAUGUACUCCAGACUGUUGGAGUUUGUUCCUCAUCACUGCAGACUGCUCAGAGAGGUGACUGGAGGAGCCAGAUCCAGUGACAAAUCUGUCGUAGUGCCAGGUUAUGAUUUCCUGGUGAACUCUGUGUGGCCUGAGAUGAUCAAAGGGAUAGAGGAGAGAUUGUCCUACCUCUUCAACCCUGGAAACCCCGAAAUAUUCUUUGAGCGUUACAGCGAGAGUAUGGAGUUUGUGCGGAGGUUUGAGCGUCAGUGCAGCUCACAGGCCAGUGUGAAGAGACUGAGAGUUCACCCCUCAUACACCACCUUCCAGAACAAAUGGAACCUGCCUGUCUACUUUCAACUAAGGUACAAGGAAAUUGCUGGAAGUCUGGAGAACGCCAUCAGUGAUGGACUUGAGGCUGCACCAGCUGGCAGUGCCUUCCACCUGCAGGUGUCGGAGGUGUUGUGGUCGUGUCUGAUGAGAUGUUGGUCAGACAAAGUCUACCUGUCCCCUCUGGCACAUCGCUUCUGGAAGCUCACGCUGCAGCUCUACGCACGAUAUGCCAAGUUUCUUGACGAGGUGUUGACUAAGACUCCAACGCCUGAGUUACCUAAAGAGCCGACCAGGCCUCUGCCCAGCUCCGCCUCCUCCACCUCCAGCCGGACGUCGGGGGGGAGUGAGAGCGGGAGUCCUGCCUCUCUGUCCACCAAACAGCUGGUCUACAUAGCAGCUGACAUCCAGAAGCUGCAGGAACAGAUACCAGAGUUGUCAGAGACGGUCAGAAUACGGUUAGAAGCGAUUGGAUUCAAAAACUUUGCUGUGGUGGAAGACGCCUUAAUGGAUUCCAAGACUUGCCUGUCCAGUAGCAUUCCCACUUUAAAUAUCAAGAUGACCCAGCAUCUGACUGAACGCAGUUGCCGCUUCCUGAAGAGUGCCUCUGAGGUCCCAAGACUGUACCGCAGGACUAAUAAGGAUGUGCCGGUGCGUGCAUCCGCCUACAUGGACAACGCCUUGCGGCCGUUAGUUCAGUUACUGACUGACUCAACAGGGCUGGUCCACCAAUCUACAGCAAAAGAGUGGCUGCGAGUGGCACUGUCUGACUGCACACAGAGGUACUAUGAGACCAUCUCUGAGGUUCUGAGCUCAGUGAGGAAGAUGGAGGAGAGUCUGAAGCGCUUAAAGCAAGCCAGAAAGGGUGCAAGCAUGACCUCCACAGCAGGAGCCAACGGUGGACCCACAGACGACAGCAAGAUCCGACUACAACUGGCACUGGAUGUGGAAUACCUGGGGGAACAGAUCGAGAAGAUGGGUUUUCAGCCAAGUGACAUCUCCAUGUUCACCACUCUGAUGGACCUGGUGAAAGAGGCCCGAGAGCUCGCUGAGCAGUAAAAUGUUCACUCCAUAAUAACUGAAACCCAAUAACAUGCUGCUGUUCCUCAACACUAAUGAAGGAAAAACAAUAUUUGUCACAGUCUAGACUAGAGUCAAAGUGUGGUUACAGUUUGUGAUGAGAAGGCCACGAAGAACGUGUGACAAGAACUGACAUUAUGGGGAUAUUUGUGUACAAAAAAAAUCUAAAUUCAGACUUUAAAGCCACAGAGCACAAACAUGUAUCAUCAGGAAUCUGUCGGAUGUGCGGUAGUUGUUGUUGGAAACCUAAAAAAAACGUCAUUGGUUCUGCCGUAGUCAAUGUGAAUAAAAGGGACUGCAUUGUAUAUUAAAUGUUUUUAUAGAAAAUGCCUGAUCCUGGUGAUAUGCACUGCUUUGGAAAGUCAUUGUAUAUGUUGGGUCAGAAUAUUGCAAGAGUCUUAAAUCUAAGUUGUAAAGAAAGAAUGUUAAUAAAUAUUUAUAUCAUUUCUGCUACUUGGUGAAGGAUGCAUCUCAAAUAAGGAAGUCUGUUAGUGUGUAAUAUUUACAUUUUUGUUAAAAUCAAAGUUAUAUAAUAUAAUUAACUUGGGAAUAAAAUUAAGAACUUCGGAGACAGUUUUGAAUGUGCAUGUUUUGAUAUAAAAGACGUUAGCUAGCUACUGGAUUGCAUUGCUUAUAUUUUUUUCCCUCAUCACUGCUAACAUGCGCUACAGGUUGAUGAAAAGAAAAUCAAAUAAAUACAAGUUCAACUUUGAUGUUGGGAAUACAAAAUGAUGGCCUUGUGUAACUGCUUUUAGUAUUUGGGCCUCAAAAGUGUCUUUCCUGUCACCAUCCAGUAAUCCUAAUACGCCUAUUUCCAUAUUAUUUCACACUUAAAAUUAUGUUUCUAUUCAUAAUUUUCUAAUAUUUACGAGUAGGAAUAAAAGUUUAAAAAGGAAAAUAUAUUGCUUUUACAAUGUCAACAUUUAUUACGUUGUAUCUUCAAAAAUGUGUGACAGAUGUUCUCAUUUGCAAAUGGCUAUAUUGAUAAAAUACAUGUGUUGACACUA